AUGAAAAGGAAGUACCACAAUCCCGAUUCACUUUACUCGAAAUGGAGGACUGCCAACCAAUCCAUAAUGGAGUUUAACGACAUCUACCUGAAUGCGAUCUGCAAACUCCAAAACGGCGUCACUGAGGUGGAUGUCAUGGCUAAAGUUCAUCAGAUUUACAAGGCAAAAUUCGAAAGAUCGUUUUCCAAUGAGUCGUUUUGGGGAGUUAUGAUGAGAAAAUUGAAAAUGGUUAGAUCUAAAAAGAUUAACAUCUACAAUGAUGAGCCAUGUCAAGUUCUAACCCGUCCUAUGGGACGAUACAAAGAAGAAAGAAAGCUCAAUGGUGCUCAAAUCUCAUCGACUGAAGUGGAGUAG